AUGGAUGCAUUGCAUCUGGUCAACCGCGUGUUGGACCUGGCGAAGUUGGAGGCAGGCAAGGCGGUGGUGGAUGAGACGAGUAUCACUGUGCGCGAGUGGCUUCAUGCCGCGUUGGAGUGGCAUGUGGAGGAAGCACACUCGAAAGGCAUUGAAUUCCUCAGCAUUGUGGACGACAACGUUCCGGGUCACAUCAUUGCCGACCAGAUGCAUCUUUCCAAAAUGCUCAAAGAAAUCUUAGAUAACGCAGUGAGGUUCACAGAGCAAGGCCGCGUGACAGUGCGGGUGUCCCUGGUGCCUCGAGGGACAAGCUUGCAAGAUGCCCUUUAUUGCCAGGGCCUUUCCACACCCGCCUCGCACACACCCGCUUCCUCUCUCGCCAGCUGGGCUGCUGUCUGGUUCUCCUCAAAAUGGGCCUGGCUGUACAAGGCGUUAAGGGAACUUCCAGCAGCGGCGGCGGCAGCAGCAUCAGCAUCAAGUGCUUCGAGCAGCCCUUCCAGGGAUCGGCCUGCUGUGCUGGUGGUGUCGUGCCGGGAUUCGGGAUGUGGCCUGCCAGCGUCUCUCCUGGGAGUCCACAACAGCAAGGAGCCUUCGCACUUCUCCCUCGCAGAGUUGCACGAGGCAGGGAGUGGGUCAGGAGCAUCGCUUGGCCUUGUGCUCAUGCAGCAGAUGGUGAGUGCUCAUGCAGCAGAUGGUGAGUGCUCAUGCAGCAGAUGCGAGGGGGACUGCUCGAGAGCCCUGGAGAGAACAGCAGAACGGGAGAGCGUGAGGAAGAGCAGCAGCGGCGACUACACUCGCCCCGUCUCUGCCAAUGCAGCCACAGGAGCAUCUGCAAUUUGCGGGUCUUUCGAGCAUUUGCGUGCGGAUGAGGCGGUGACGAGGGCGUGGGUGGGAGGGCUGCGAGUGCUCGUGGUGGACGACACGCCCGUCAACCUCCUCGUGGCCCGCCGCUCCCUCGCCCGCUGGGGUGCACACGUCACCACAGCAUCCCGUGGGGAACAAGCGCUAGAGUUGAUAACUGCUGGGGUGGCGGAGGGGGGAGGGCAGGAGGAGGCGAGAGGCGAACAUGCUGUUGGGGAGGAGGCGAGAGGGGAGCAGGAGGCGAGAGGGCAGGAGGAGGGGGGUGCAUUAUUGCAGCAUGGCUUUGACUUGGUUCUCAUGGACCUGCAGAUGCCAGGGAUGGACGGCUUCGCAGCAGCAGCAGCCAUACGAGCCCUCGAGAGAAAAGUGGAGUUUGAUUCAAUUCGGCCCGUCUCCCUGAGGGUGCCCAUAGUGGCGCUGACGGCAGACGUGGAUCGCGGAGUGGUGCAGAGGUGUGCAGAGGGGGGGUUUGACGGUGUGCUGCAGAAGCCAGUGGAUGCCCACCUGCUCGCCGCCCACCUCUCCCACAUGCACCCCCAGAGGUCCCUCCUACGGGUCGUGUCACACCCCAGCUUUUGA